AUGGGAACCACAAUUGGCAUGCAUCCAAGGCGGGCGGCAGAUAUUGACAAGCCGUAUCAGUUGAAACUGACGUCGGGCACAGGGACUAUGCGUCAACUUAUCAAGCACUUUGCUCUCGAUGAAACGGCACGAAAAACCUACAAGGAUACUAUGAUCGAGCUGAUCAUCCAGAUCCUUGUCGAAACGGAUGCACCCUAUUUCCAGUCGGAAUGUGAGAAGGACUACCCUCUUACGCCAAAGGGAGCCAAGGUGUUCAAGCGACAGCCCUCAAACCAUCCGGCGGCCUGCUCACUCGUCAUCACCUACAUUGCCAAGCUGAAAGGCAAAACAUUUCGCGAGAUCGCAGAUAUCACCCGUGAGGGCACUCGUCGCUUCUUUCAACUUGACCGGCUGCCGCUACAGUGGCACGGCCCACGAAGGCCUCCGCUGUUGAAGGUCGUAGCGCCGAUGGAG